GCGCAAGGUAGUGAUGACACGCGUCCCCCCUUCACCGGGCGCUCGUUGGUAGAAUCCGUGACGGAGUUAGUUCGAUCCUCCCACGCGCGCCUCCUUCCUCGCCGCCGCUGCGCCUUCUCGGUGCCACUGGUUCUCAUGUGUCCGUAGCCCACCCCGCAUCACCCUCUCGCCUCACUUCUAGAGAGAAGUGACUGUUUCCCCCGUGCGCUUUCCAUCCCGACCGCCGCGGCAAGUCGGUGGUGCCCUCCCGCUGACGUCACCUGAUAGCUCCGCCUCCUCAAGGGUCCCGGGCCCUUGCGGCGGGGACUACCGGGGGGAGUCAGUUGAGGCGGCUGUAGCUCGGCGAAGGGCGGGCCAGGUGACUGGUCCGGGCCAUGCCGAGGAAGAAGCCCUUCAGCGUGAAGCAGAAGAAGAAGCAGUUGCAGGACAAACGGGAGCGGAAGCGAGGGCUUCAAGAUGGGCUGCGCUCCAGUUCCAACAGCCGCAGCGGGAGCCGGGAACGGCGGGAGGAGCAGACCGAUACCUCUGAUGGGGAAUCUGUGACCCAUCAAAUCCGCAGGCUCAAUCAGCAGCCUUCCCAGGGCCUGGGUCCACGAGUUUAUGAUCCAAAUCGAUACCGGCUUCAUUUUGAGCGGGACAGUCGGGAGGAGGUGGAGAGGAGAAAGAGAGCAGCCCGGGAGCAAGUGCUACAGCCCCUCAGUGCUGAGGUGUUGGAACUGGACAUACGGGAGGUCUAUCAGCCUGGCUCAGUCCUGGACUUUCCACGGCGUCCUCCUUGGAGCUAUGAGAUGUCCAAGGAGCAGCUAAUGAGCCAGGAGGAACGAAGCUUUCAGGAGUAUCUUGGGAAGAUACACGGGGCUUAUACUUCAGAGAAACUCAGCUACUUUGAGCACAAUCUAGAGACGUGGAGGCAGCUAUGGCGAGUGUUAGAGAUGUCUGAUAUUGUCUUGCUCAUCACUGAUAUUCGUCAUCCAGUUGUGAAUUUUCCACCAGCGCUUUAUGAGUAUGUGACUGGAGAACUUGGUCUGGCCCUCGUGCUGGUCUUGAAUAAGGUGGAUCUGGCUCCACCAGCUCUUGUGGUUGCCUGGAAGCAUUAUUUCCACCAACACUAUCCUCAACUCCACAUCGUCCUUUUUACCUCUUUCCCUCGGGACCCCCGCACUCCACAGGACUCUGGUGUCUUGAAGAAGAGUCGGAGGCGGGGGAGAGGAUGGACUCGGGCCCUGGGGCCAGAACAGUUGCUGAGAGCCUGUGAAGCCAUCACUGUGGGUAAAGUGGACUUGAGCAGCUGGCGGGAGAAGAUUGCUCGAGAUGUGGCUGGGGCCACCUGGGGCAAUGGCUCUGGGGAGGAGGAGGAAGAAGAGGAUGGGCCUGUAGUCCUGGUGGAACAGCAAACUGACUCAGCAAUGGAGCCAGCUGGCCCAACCCGGGAACACUACAAGGAUGGGGUGGUGACCAUCGGCUGUGUGGGUUUUCCCAAUGUGGGGAAGUCCUCACUGAUCAAUGGACUUGUGGGGCGGAAGGUUGUGAGUGUCUCCAGAACCCCAGGUCACACCCGAUACUUUCAGACCUACUUUCUAACCCCCUCUGUGAAGCUCUGUGACUGCCCAGGCCUCAUCUUCCCUUCCCUGCUGCCCAGGCAGUUGCAGGUUCUGGCUGGCAUCUACCCCAUCGCCCAGAUUCAGGAGCCCUACACUGCUGUGGGCUACCUGGCCUCCCGGAUCCCUGUACAGGCCCUGCUUCACCUGCGCCACCCAGAGGCUGAGGAUCCCUCAGCAGAGCACCCCUGGUGUGCCUGGGACAUCUGUGAAGCCUGGGCAGAGAAACGUGGUUACAAGACAGCCAAGGCAGCUCGGAAUGAUGUGUACAGAGCUGCCAACAGCCUCCUGCGGCUGGCAGUGGAUGGCCGCCUAAGCCUGUGUUUCCAUCCACCAGGCUACAAUGAACAGAAAGGCACCUGGGAGUCUCAUCCAGAAACCAUGGAGCUGGUGGUUUUGCAGGGCAGGGUGGGACCAUCAGGUGACGAGGAGGAGGAGGAAGAGGAAGAGCUGAGCAGCUCCUGUGAGGAGGAGGGAGAGGAGGACCGGGAUGCAGAUGAGGAGGGAGAAGGGGAUGAGGACACCCCAACCUCAGCUCCAGGGUCCUGUCUGGCUGCCCGAAACCCUUAUGCCCUACUGGGUGAGGACGAGUGCUGAGUCCCUGCCUAGUAUCAACUUCCCAUUAUCUUUGCUUUUGGACUGACCUGGAGGCAUCUCCCCUUUGCCACCCCAAUUGUGAAUAAAGAUUGUCUGCUUUGUAGCCCCUUCCCCAAGUGAACUGAGGUGAGAGCGGUAGUUAUGGGCUGACAGCUGUGGGAGAUUUAUCUCCUCCCCUCUAUUCUCAUGCAUUCCCUUUGCAAAGGAAAGUUCUCUUAGGAAUUAGUUCAGUGGGUUCUUAGGCCCUUUGCCCACUUUCCCUCUUUGCACCUUAAGAAUCCAUUUUCCUCAUGGAGAAAAGAGGUCUAAAUUCAAACCUCCUUUGGAGUUUGUGCCAUUCAACCUGAUUUGAGCUGCAGCCCUGUGCGCCCCCUGCUGCCAGUCCUGGGUUAUACCAGGAGCUUCUGGGAGAAGAAGCAGUAAGAGGUGUCAUAAGCUGUCAUCUCCGAGUGAGGUUUUUAUAGGGAUUUUUCAGAGUCCACAAAUAUUUAUUGAGGAUUUACCAUGAAUCUGGACAUGUACUAAGCACUGAUCAUAUAAAGAUGCACAAGCAGUGCCUGGCCUAAAUUUGAAGCCUGGGCACAAUCAAGACCCCAUUGGGCACCCAAGUUUUUGGAUUAAGCAUGUUAUAUAAUCCUGGGGGCUCACACAGUAUAAUUCUAGGACUUUCUAUUGAUAUAGAUUUUUAGUUAAGACAAAAUGCUUGUGAAAACAUUGAUUAAAUGUGUACGAGUAGAGAAUUACUGCCAAAAAACUGAUGUGCACAUUUAUGAUUUGAGCAGAACAGCCCUUAAAGUACAAUGUUAAGUUUCAUUAUUUAAAAGCUUGGCAGCUAACAGUGUACAAGCCACAUAGGGGAGGGCACAGAAACAGCCUUUGUAGUCCAUUUACCAAAGAUGACCCAGUCAGGGUCUGAGAUAGAAGUCAGCAGGUGGCCAGAGCCAUCUUAGGGUGUCGUUUCUGCAUUUCAGCAGAUAUUUGCUCUUUUGUGAGUUAGGGGUACUUAGGCCUUGCUGGGAUUCACCCUUGCUAAAGCAAGCAGCUAGACUCUUAGUUUGAAUUCCUGGAGAAAAGGGAGACUGGGCUGUGUUUUAUUGACUGCCACAGUAUCCUCUGGGUUGGGUGGUAGCAAAAAAGUGUAGUUUUAUGAGUUAACCACUCAGUGCAGGGUGAGGAGAAAUGGAAGGAUCAGAUCCUCUUAACUCAGAAGCAUCUCAUUGAGGUGCUGGGUCAUGGAGCAGUUUCUUUAAUGCCAGCAGAGACCAUCAAUGUAGGAAACUACAUUGAGAAGAGGCCAAGGUGUUUGGGCCACACAUUCUGACAGGCUCCUUUAGUCCAGUGAGAACAGAAGUCCUGAAAUUUGCAUUCUAGUACAAAAUUUAAAUAAAACCAGCAUAUGAAUGUGCUUGAAGGCUACCCAGGAUGUGCUAGAAAAGAGGAAAAAGUCCUAUUUGAAAGAACAAUCCACCUGUCUUAUCUAGGGGCUCAGCCUCAUAAAUAGGUCUUUUAAUGAAUGAAAGGUGAUUCUAGCUUAGAGUUCAUGAUAUACAGAGAUAGUCAGGCAACUUCAGUGCUUUAGGAGAUGUGGUGAGACAUUGAAUUAAUUUUACUUGUUUUGGUCUUUUGCCAUCUCAUAAGUUUCACCAGGAGCAUCUGGGACAAAGAUUGGGCACAGAAUGCUGAUGGUGAUGACAAAGAAUUGUGAUCAGGAGCUGGCUGGGCUUGGGGAACUGUGGAGGAGGAUGUUUAUGUUGAGGACCUGGCAGGAGGCAACCCUUAUAUACCCAAGGGCUCGACUCUGUGAUUUCCUGAGCCUCUGUCAGUGACUCACUCCACAGGAAAGUAGCACCAGGAAAAGGUAGUUACAUUAGGGACAAACAGGUCAGGGAGAAGGAUAGAUAGUGCUCCAAUGUUAGUGUCUAAGACUGAGGUUAAAACUUAUUCAAAGGACAAAGGGAACCAGGGUCCAGUCUCCCUUCUAUGCUGACCUUCCUAGAACCCCUGUCCUUAUACCCCUCUUGCCUGGGUCAUGUCCACUAAGUGGAUUACUUGACCAUAGAGAUCUGAAGCUCUGGCAAUACCCACAGCUGGCCAGUCUCUUGGAGAGAAACCAGGGCUUCUCUCAUCCAUGCUGGAAUUUCAUUUAGAUGUAAACUUUUCCCCAAUCUUUCCUUUUUCCAGAUUGGAUUCUGUCUUGAUUCUGAAACAAGUAUGUGUGUGGGCCAGGGAGGUUCAAUUAUCUGAGCCUCUUGUUUCUUCAUUUCUUAAACUCAUUAAUACAGUCAAAAACUGGUUGAGAACAGUCUUGUCAGACAUGCUGAGUUCUGAGACAAAAGAAAAAAUUGAACAAAGUAUUGACUCUACCCUCAAGGUGUUGAACUGCCAGACACUAAAUAGUAAAAUAACUUUAUAGCACUGUAUAAGUUAUGAAAGUGUUACUUGUCAUGUAUCCAUUGUACUGUCAUAUAGUUGACAUAAUGGAUAAUAAUCACCCCAAGGAUUCAUUGACCCACUGACCAUUAUUGAGCAAUUACUGUUUGCCAGUUACUGGUAAGUGGGUAGAAAGAAUCUUUUGUGGCACUCACAAUUUACUGGAAAAUAAAGACAAAUAGACAAUUUUAAUGUGGGGAAAAAUUAGACAAUUUUAAAAAAGGGAUGUGAGACGGGUGAUAUAAGAUCCCUUGGGAUAGUGGUGUCUUCAUAAGACUGAAAAAAAAGCUCUAUGAGAACCACCAUAGGAGCAGAUUAGCCAGUCUUGAUGAGUCAGAGGAAGCCACCUGCAGGGACAGAGAGCUCCAAAUUGAGCCCUGAAGAUUGGGCAAGACUUAGGCUGACGUGGAGAGACAAAUAUUCCAGGCUGAGGAGACAGCAAAGGUUGAGGAACGUAACAACUUGGGGAGGCUAACAUGUUCAACAUGGCUCGGCCAGAGUGUGCCUGGAGAAUUGGGGGAAAGUGAAGAUGGAGUGAAAGGUUUGGUUCAACUCUGUGGAGCCUUUCCAGCCAUGUCUAAAAUGUAGAUUACCUAGAGGAACAUUCAAAGAUUAAAAAGGAAAGAGUUAAUUGUGCCUUAGCUCACUGGGUGCAGUGUGAUAACUGGUUUGGAAACAAGGAGAGAUCAGAAGCUUUUGCAGCCAUUUCAGGAGGAGAGAAUGGAAGCCAGAAACAAGGUAGUGGCAGAUGGAAAGAAGAUAGUUUAUGAAACGCUUGGGAGGCAGAAUUGACGGGUGUUGGGAUAGUUUUGUGUGUGGGGAAGGAGGAGGGUAAGUCAAGAGUGCACAUUCUGUUUCGGAUUUAGCAACUGGAUGGGUAGGCUGAUUCCUGAGACAGGGUUCAUGUAAGUGGAGCUUGGAGAGAGGUCAUAGUUGCGGGCAGAGAUCUAGGCAUCAUCAAGGUGUAGGUGGGAGGAGAGUAACAGGUCAUGUACAGAGAGAGUGUAGCAUGAGGAAGAAAGUGCAUAAUGUAUGAAAGGGCAGGGUGGGGGGUGGGUGUGGGUGGGAGAGGAUCCAGUGAGACCAAAGAAACAUAUUAAGUGGAGAGCCAUGAAACCAAGGGAAGAACAAAGAUUGGGCACAGAAUGCUGAUGGUGAUGACACAAAGAAUGAAGAGCUUUCACUGGCAGCAAAGGAUGAGUUAAGUUCCGCUGGAGAAGGAAAGUUGAGGCUUUGGAAGUGGGGAUAUAAAUUUCAAGAAGUUUGUGAUGGCGAUGAAAAAAAAUAGGGAAACAGAACAUUGAGUUUGGAGUGUUUAAACUUUUAGGCAGAAAGCACAGUGGAAGAGAAAAGUUGAAAAUUCAAGAAGGUGGGGAUUGGUAAUGGAACAAGCCUCCGAGAGAGGCAGGGUGGUCCUGGAAUCCCAGUGCAGGAGUAGCCUCAGGCAGGAGCUGGGUAGCUUCUGUCAUAAGAGGAGGAAACAGCGCUGACAUUCAGCCGUCUUGCACUGGUACCGCUCAACCAGUUAUUAAAACACUUCUGUACCAGUUAGUAAGUAGUGUAAGAGUAACUGCAAUAAGCAGUAAAAAUAAUUCGUAAGUGGGCUUCCCGCUGCACCUGAGAAGCUUUGCAGCGCCAUCUGCCAGUGCGGCAGCAUCACUGCAGGCUGAGAGAUUGCUUUGCACUUUCUUUAUGAAACACUAAAACUGCCUGUUUUAAAUUACCUUUGAACUGUGGAGCUGCUACUGCUUCUAAACAAUUUAGUUUCUUUCUUGAUUUUGUUGCUAGUACAUUGUCAUUCUUGUGCCAGUAGCAAGUUUCAGUGUUUUAAUAUUUACAAAUUCAAGAAUUUUUAAUAAAAUAUUAAAGCCGAA